CCACAUAGACGGUUUUUCGCGCCCUAGCCGCUACAAUAUGGCGACUCUUGCCGUUGCACCGCAGACCCCCUCCUCCCCGAAAGUGCGGAUACGAUCUCAGUCAUUCGACUCGCCAUUUCUCCGCAUCAGCGUCACGCCCGUCGAAGAAUCAUCGUUUUCAAAGUCGACCGGGGCACUGGAGACACUGGCAGGCUACGAUGACAUGGAAGAGAGCGUUGCAGCGGGAGUGUUCAGGUCUGCGAGUACGCUACCUCUACUGAAGACCAAGAUGAGCGACGAGUCGAUGCUGUCAGAAGCAUCGAGUGCCGGCUCUUCGUCCGUCACCACAUCUCCGACCAGCACGGAGAGCAGCAUGGAACUCGACGACGAAGACGAGUCAAUUGCGUCGGAUGAAGAAGACGAAGAAGAAGAACAACAGCAAGAACAACAGCAUCAGCGACCCCAUCCUUUGACAUUCGCUCAGAGCACUACCACCACCAGCACAACUACCUCAGACAAGGACAAGGACACGGCGCCGAGCCCGCUGUCCCCCUUUCUGUACCAAGAUACCAGCUGUCCCAUGUACUCACCGUGGCUCGUCUGCGCCGUCCUCGACAUGCACGACGUGCACCGGCUGGACUGGACGUCAAUUGCGGACCCAAUUGAACGGGUGUGGGGCGUACGGACUAGCAGCGCCGAUGUACUCGGUAUCUUGAGUGACAACGGGCGGGUGAUGCGGCGACGCUGGUGGGACUGACAGAGAGCUGAUUUAGUUCUGGUACACUUGUCCUCUUUUUUCCCUUUUGGUUAUUCUUCCUCUUCUUCUUUUUUGUUUUACGUCACUGAUUGUCACUUUCUUUUCAUUUGUUACGAUUUUACGUUUGCAUGGGGUUAGGUUAUGGCUUUUCUUUCCCUUUUGUCUUUCUCUCUCUUUCUUUUGUUUUUGUAUGCGUUUGUUCUGGGUUGGGAACGGUAGUUACGACGUUAUGACACAUCUUGUGAUACAAUAUGCAGAGUUGAAGUGUAAGGGAGAUAAAAAAGGUUAGAGGAGGGGGGGUUUAGGGGGGUAUUGCGUUAGGGUUGCAGACUGUGGAGUUGGAUUUAGGGAUAGCAUUUAUGGGAUUCUUUUGCAACAAGAAUAUUGAGCAUGCAAUUUGUUCAAAUUGAUGA